AAACAAAAGAAAAAAAGAAGAAAGGGAUAAGAACAAAGAGAAUCCAAGAGAGAAUAAUGAAAACAGAGUUACUCUUUGAACAGUCACCUUGAAUUCUGCACACUCUCUGCACAAUUCGUAUUUUGUCAUCGAUCAUUUCCUCCCAAUUCACUUCACAUUCAGAUUGUUGAAACUCGUGGAUCGGUUCAGAAGCUCUUUUGCUGAAUCCAGAUUUAAAUAGCUAAUUUCUUCUUCAAAUUCUCAAUGGGAAUAUAUCUCAGCACUCCCAAAGUUGAAAAGUUUUCUGAAGAUGGUGAAAAUGAGCAUCUUAGAUAUGGUUUAUCAUCCAUGCAAGGGUGGCGUGCAACAAUGGAAGAUGCUCAUGCUGCAUAUACUAAUCUGGAUGAUUCAACUUCAUUUUUUGGUGUCUACGAUGGUCAUGGAGGUAAGGUGGUUGCAAAGUUUUGUGCGAAGUUUCUCCACCAAGAGGUGCUCAAAAGUAAAGCAUACUUAACAGGAGAUAUAGGAACCUCUCUUCAGAAAUCCUUUUUAAGAAUGGAUGAGAUGAUGCGUGGUCAAAGGGGAUGGAGAGAAUUAUCAAUAUUGGGGGAUAAGAUAAACAAGUUUACCGGGAUGAUAGAAGGUUUGAUUUGGUCUCCAAGAAGCAGUGAUGGUAAUUGCCAAGUUGAUGAUUGGGCUUUUGAGGAGGGCCCUCAUUCUGAUUUUGCUGGACCAACUUCGGGAAGCACUGCCUGUGUUGCAGUUAUUAGAAACAACCAACUUGUUAUUGCAAAUGCUGGUGAUUCGCGAUGUGUGAUAUCUCGGAAGGGUCAGGCAUACAAUUUGUCUAGAGACCACAAACCUGAUCUUGACAUUGAGAAGGAAAGAAUCUUAAAAGCUGGUGGUUUUAUUCACGCUGGACGAGUUAAUGGAAGUUUAAAUCUUACAAGAGCUAUUGGUGACAUGGAAUUUAAACAGAAUAAAUUUCUUGCUGCUGAGAAACAAAUUUUAACUGCCAAUCCAGACAUAAACACUGUUGAGCUUUGUGACGAAGAUGAAUUUGUGGUGUUAGCUUGUGAUGGCAUAUGGGAUUGCAUGUCAAGUCAACAACUAGUAGAUUUUAUUCAUGCCCAAUUGCACACGGAAACCAGACUUUCUACUGUGUGUGAAACAGUACUUGACCGGUGUUUGGCACCAUCAACUGCCGUUGGCGAGGGAUGUGACAAUAUGACCAUGAUCUUGGUGCAGUUCAAAAGACCUGCUCGGUCCAGUGAAUCAACAGAAGAGCAAUCCUCUUCAACCGGACAAGCUGAACCUGAAACACAACUAGAGAGAAGUGAAAGAACGGAGCUUUAAGAGGUGGUGCCUUUUAUGGGAUCCAUUGAAUACAUUGAAAAAUCCUAUUUGGGAGUAAGGUAGAUAUAGAGGCAAAGUCGGCUAUUCCAGCAGUCUUAGGCUUGAUCAUUCUCAGGUUACAGAGCACUGCACCUUACAAAUAGUGAAUGUAAUAUUUGGUAUAUCCUGUCUCCCUGUGAAGUUAUUUUAUUGUGAAGUUAUUUUAUUAUUUCAAUAUUGACUGAAUUUAGCAUUUGGAGGGAGGAAAAUUGUACUUU